AUGUUCACAAUCUUGCUUUCAUUAAUAGUAUUGUUAAAUGGAUGUUCAGUUUGGAAUGAUGAUACAUUUUACAUUAUUGGCACUUUAGGAGAAUAGCUUGAUAUAAAUCUGAAUGAGAUUUUUAGAAAUAAAAUAAAUUAAAAGUACACAGUCUCUCCCCCUUCUGAACUUUAUUCAAUCUCAAGUUCAUUGGAACUGAUAGAAAAGAAAGCAUAUUAUAGUAUUGAGUAAAAAGAAAUAAUCUCUUCUAAAUUAUACAAGAAUUCUGGAUAUUUAGAUGUUGCAAAUUACAUGACCAUUUUAAGCAAAACAGAAAAUAAUUAUUUUAUUGAAUACAAUUCUGUAAUGUUUGAAAAUACACCAGAUAUUGACAAAGUUGUGUAAUUAACUGUUAAACCAAAUUCAGCAUGUUAUGAUAUAGUAUAAGUAAAUUUAUUAUAUAUUAUUGAAUGCAAUGAUGUUGAAGGAGAUUAUUUUGCUCUUUUAAAUCAAAAUUAAAUUUCAUAUUUUACGAUUAAAAAAUUGGAGAGAUCAUAAUAAAGUAAACUUGAUUAAUUAGAUGAUUUAAUUUUAAGAACUUUAUACCAUUCAUUAGAGUUAUAUUAAAUAUAAAAUGAUUAAAUAAUUUUAUUAAGUACUCUUGAUUCAGAAUUAUUAAAAUAAUUAACAAAAGAUGACACAUUUGAACUUUUAAUUGUUGAUUUUUAAUUUCAUACAAAUAAUUAAAUAACUAUUUUGAAUAAAAAAGGAUAAUUUAUAAGAUUAAAGUUUAUGAUUUAAUCCAAAUAAUGGGAAUUAUAUGAAUAUUUAUUGACUUAAACAACUCUUCCUUAUGCAUAUGAUUAUUCCUGGAAAUUUUUAUAAUUAGUUAUUAUUUCAGAUAAAGCAAUUUAUCUUCGUUAACUUUCAACUUGGUCAUAAAAAGAAAAUUUAAAAAUUGAGUCAAAUGAUAAAGUUUAUUUGACAUAGAAUUAAAUUAUCUUAUUGAAAUAAAAGUAAUUACUAAUUUUAAAUUAAAAUUUCUUAGAAAUAUAAGAAGUAAAUCUAUAGACUUAAGGAUUUUUAACAUCAUAUCAAGCAUUUGAUUCAUUUUCAUUAUUUGAUUAACAAAAUUUUUAUGCUUACACUGUAAAUUAAGAUGAUAAAAAAAUAUUAAGAUUUAAAUCUAAUUAAUUAAUAAAUGAUUACAUAUUGUUUAAAAUAUCUUAAUAACCUAUAUAUAAUUUAUGUGAAAUAAAAUGCUAUUAUAAAGUUGUAGAUAAAUCUACUAAGGAUAUUUAUGAAUAAUUUUCAAUUUCUAAUAGUUUUUUCAAAGGGGGAUUUCUAUUGGAUGAAUAAGAUUCAAUCUAAUUUACUUAACCAUUUGUUGGAAACAAUUUAAAAUUGGAGUUUACACCUAAUUAAAUUGUUACUUUAUAGUUUAGUAGAAAUUAAAAAUUAGAAAUUCUUAAUGCUGGAGAUCCAAAGGAAGUAAUUUACAGAAGAUUGAUUCCAGAACUUGGUCUUACAAGUUAUAUAGAGUAGAACAAAGAUUUGAAAAUAACAGGAUAUCUUUGUAAUUUAAAGGAUUAAUAAUUUUAAUGUAAGACUUUCAUAUAAACACAUGAUUUUAUCAAAUUAUUGGAUUCUCCUCUUUAGUAAUGGUUUGCAUAAUUUUAUACAUAUUUAGCAGUUGGAAAAGAGAAUAAUAUUGAUCUAUAUUGUAAUUGUAAUGAUUAAUUUUAAAUAUCUCUAUUAACAACUUUAACAAUGGAGAGUAAUAUCAAAGAUAUUAAACAUACGCUCUCUUAUUUAUUAAUAUUAAUUGAAAAAGAGGUACUUGUCUAUUAAAUUAAUAAUAUGAAAUAAAGACUUGUUCAUCGACAUUCAGCUGAAAAAAUCUUUACUUCUACAAUUUAAGAUUUAGUUUGGAUAUAUGAUAAGAAAACCUUAUAUCUUCUUGAUAUAUCAGAUAACUCUAAAUUACUUUGGUUUACAUAUUUGAAUGACUAUGAUGAUAUUGAUAUAGGUAUAGCUUAAAAUCAAUUUAUUUUGCUAACAAAACAAUAAAAUUUAUAUUAAGGAUUUGUUUAUGAUUAUAAAUAUUAAAAAUUUGCUUAUAUUGUAAAAGAAAUAGACUUAAUAGGCUAUACUUAAGUAAAGAUUUGUUAAACAUGUAACUAAUAUUCUAAUUUCGUAUAUUUAGAAGCUUAAAAAAAUGGAUUUCAAGUAUUGUUAAUUUACAGAUUAGAUUAAAUUGCGAUUAAUUCUUUAUUUUUAGAACUUUCACUUUUAGCUGAUAGUUAAAUUUCAUCAAGUGGAUAAAAUGUAUUUAUAACUAACUCUAAAUCCUAAAUAUUAUAAUAAUAUCUUAUUCAAAAUGAAGAUACUUCUUCUAUAAGUAUUUAAAUUGAUGAAAAAUAUUAAUAAAUUAAAAGCUGUGAAAUUAUUAAAUUAAAUGGAUUAGUUUCCAAUUCUGAGAAAAACAAAGAAAUUAAAGAACUUCCAAUAUCUUUAAUUAAUAGAGGAAUUUAAUUAUUUUAAAUUGUUAAACAAUUAAAUUUUACUUAUCAGAAUGAUGGAAAUUUAAAUCAUUGUUUUGAUUUAGGAUAAUCUUGGUAUAGUGGAUAAGCUUUUGAUAUAGAAUUAUAAUCACCUUUUGGUGAUAUCAAAUAUGAAAAAACAUUAAUUAAACAAACAGAAUCUAUUGAUUAUAGUGAAUCCAUUAUAGAAUUUGAUAAAAAUAACUUACUUUAAUUAAUGAAUAAUAAAAUUAUUUUACUUAAUAAAGCAGAUUUUAAAACUACUGAAUUUCACUUAGAUAAUCAAUAUUCAUUUACUAAUAUUCUUUUUAUCAAGGAUAAUCUUAUAUAUGUAGAAGCUAUUUAAAAUUAAUAAUAUGUCCUUAAGCUUAUAUAAUAUAAAAAUUCUUAGUUUUCUUUAUAAGAAGGGUUAAUUAAUACAGAUGCUAAAAUAAAAAAAGCUUAUUUAAAUAAUAAUUAUUUUUUUAUUUGGGUCAAAUCUAAUGUUUUAGAAUAUGAUACAAAAAAUGAACCAUAAAAUUUAUAAAAUUAUGCUCUUAUUAAAAAUAUACCUAUACCAUCUUAAGAGGGUUCAAUUGAAUUUUAGUAUAUCCAAAAAAAUGAUGUUUAUUAAAUUAUAUUUUUGGAUCAAAGUUGUUUACUUUAAUUUUUUAGUUUUUAAUAGACUUCAAAUAGUCUUUAUAAUUCUGUUUAAGAUAUAGCAGAAAUUUUAAGAAAUAAAUUACUUUAUGAUCCUUAGAAUUAAAAUUGCAGACAGAUGUUUUUAAAAGAAGAUGAAAUUGUUGUUGUUAUCUCUGGAACUCCUUCAUAUAAAUUUAAAUUUGUUAUGUAAUGUAGUUAGAAUAAUAUUUGCGAUAUUACUCAAUUUAAUUUAAUAUCAGAAUUUCAACAAUAUGGAAAAUCAGAAAUAGACUAAAAAUAUCCAAGUAGUUAUUUAAAAGAAAACAUUUUAUCUAUAAAUUAUUAAUCCAACCAGGGUUAUGAUAUAUUACUUUAUGAUCUUUAAAGUUUAAACAAUAAUAUUGGACCAAAAUUAGCAAUAGCUCAAGUUUCUUCAAUAAUUCAAUAAAAACCAAUAAUAACUUUUGUUUACAAUUAUAAUGAAUAAUUACAUUUAUUAGUUUCAGCAGAAAAUAGUUAAAAAUUGUAACACUAUUUAUUAAAACGAUCUGCUCAAGUUUGCAUAGAAAAACCUUCUGUAACUCAAGAAGUAAAAUUUUUAUUGAAAAAUUCAAAUUAAGAAAAAAUGGUAAAUUUAUAGAUAAACAUAUCACCAAAUGUUCCACCUGAUCCAGAUCCAACUCCUGAUAAUAACGAAGGAUUUCCAUUAUGGGCUACUUUGACUAUUGUUGCAGGAGUUGUUUUAUUAGUUGGAGUUGGAAUCUUAAUAUGGUGUUAUAAGAAAAAAAAGUAUAUAGAUGAUACAGAAUAAUUGAUUCAAUGA